AUGGCUUCAGCGCCUGUCCCAGAGAGCGCCACCAAGGAUGUUAUUGAGACCAAGGAGGCCGACGUCGACGUCGACGGCGAGUUUCUCGAAGAUAACGAUGACUUCAAAAAGGAUCUUCUCAGGGCUGAGCAGAGGGAGCUCAUUCCCAAUGAGGCCUUCAAAUGGAACGUCGAUGGAGAUCAGUCGCCAUUCCCUGAGGUGGCUGCCUGUGUUCCCAACACUGAUGAUCCUUCCCUACCAUGCAACACGGUCCGUGCUUGGGUUCUCCUCACGGUAUUUGUGAUGGUCUUUGCAGCUGUGAAUCAGUUCUUCAGUCUGCGCUAUCCAUCUCUCACCGUUCAAUAUGUCGUCGCCCAGCUGCUGGUUUUUCCCAUUGGACGGGCAUGGGAAAAGCUUCCUCGGUGGAGAGUGCCCCUGGGACCGUUCACGUUUGAUGUCAAUCCGGGGCCGUUUAGUAUCAAAGAGCAUGCUUUGAUUGCCAUUUGCGUCAACAUCAGUGCCAGCACGGCCUAUGCGUCGAGCUCGCUGAUCGCCAUCAUCAUGCCGCAGUACUGGAACUCAGACUACGGUGCUGGCUUCUCGUUUAUAUACCUCUUGACCUCGCAGAUGAUGGGAUUUGGCCUUGCUGGUCUAUCCCGUCGCUGGCUGGUUUAUCCCGGCGCCCUGAUCUGGCCCUCAUCGCUGUCGUCGACCGUCCUGUUCCGGGCUCUGCACGAGCCUGAAAACCGGGCACCCGCCAAUGGCUGGACCAUGAGUCGGUAUCGCUUUUUUGGAUACGCAACUGCGUUUGGCUUUGUAAUCUACUGGUUCCCGGAUUACAUCUGGACGAGUCUGAGCACGUUCGCAUUCGUCACCUGGCUGGCGCCUCACAACCAGAAGGUCAACACUAUCUUUGGGAUGAACUCUGGUCUAGGGCUGCUGCCGAUUAGUCUGGAUUGGACUCAGAUCAAUUACGCAGGAUACCCUCUCAUGACGCCCUUCUACAUUACCUGCAACGCCUUUGCGGUGGUCGUGUUCUUCUACCUGUUCCUCUCGCCCAUUCUGUACUACAAGGAUGUCUGGUACAGCGCAUACCUCCCUCUUCUGUCGUCAGACACGUUUGACAACACCGGUGCGGAGUACAAUGUCUCCAGGGUCGUCGACUCGAACUUGGACUUCGUCUUGGCCAAAUACGAGCAGUACUCUCCAAUGUACCUGUCCAUGUCUUACUCGCUCACCUACGGCUUGUCCUUCGCAGCCGUCACCGCCAUCGUGGUCCACACCUAUCUCUACAACGGGUCCGAGAUUUGGGCCAAGUUCAAGAACUCCCGCCACGGAGGCGAGGACAUCCAUCGCCGCUUGAUGCGCACCUACAGCGAGGUACCCGACUGGUGGUUCGGGCUCUUGUUUGUUCUCAUGGCCGGAUUCGGAAUCUUGACUGUGCAGUAUUGGGAGACCGGUCUGCCUGUCUGGGGCUUUAUCGUGGUUUGCUGCGGCAUGGGCGUGGUCCUGAUUAUCCCAGAAGGCAUUCUGGAGGGAACCACUAACCAGCGUAUUUUCCUCAAUAUCAUCACUGAGAUGAUCGCCGGUUACGCGUGGCCGGGUAAGCCGAUUGCCAACAUGAUGGUCAAGUGCUACGGGUACAACUCCGUCAAGCACGGCAUGGACUUUGCCCAGGAUAUGAAGCUGGGGCAGUACAUGAAAAUCCCACCCCGUGUGCUCUUCUUCGGUCAGGUGUACUCGAGUAUCCUGGCAACCAUGACCCAGACUGGAGUCAUCCGAUGGAUGAUGGGCAACAUCACCGGACUUUGCGACACCGACAACAAGCAGAAGUUCACCUGUGCGGGAGCCAAGGUGAUGUACAACGCCAGUCUGAUUUGGGGCACCAUCGGGCCCCAGCGCAUGUUCCAACCGGGCCAGGUGUAUCACUCCCUGAUGUACUUCUUCUUCAUCGGGCCCAUUGUCACCGGUAUCGUCUACCUCAUUUACCGACGCUAUCCCACCAGCUGGGUCCGGUACAUCAACGUGCCGAUCUUCUUCAAUGCCGCUGGCAACAUCCCUCCUGCCAACACAACACAAUACUCCCUCUGGUUCAUCUUCGGUUUCAUCUUCAACCACCUCCUCCGCAAGCGCGCCUUCAACUGGUGGAAAAAGUACAACUACCUGUUCCAGGCUGCCAUGGACACGGGCACCGCCAUUGCCACGAUCCUCAUUUUCUUUGCGCUGGGGUACACCAACACCACGUUCAGCUGGUGGGGUAACAAUGUCGGUUCGAAUACCGAUGAUGCAAAUUCGGUGCCGUGGUUGACAGUUCCUGCCGGCGGGCAUUUCGGUAAGGGACCUGGGGAGUUUUAAUGUUGAUAAUCGAAGCGUGCGUUGUUUGAGAUGUUUAGAUUCUUAGCCUGAAUGGGGUCUGUG